AUGACAAAUCAUACAGCACCUAAUGCUCACACUGGAUCCUGUGGAUACCAAACCAAUCUCACCACAUCCCCGACCGACCUCUCCGACGGCAUCGGCCAGAAACAUCACACCCACCCGGCUCCCAGAUACCAAGUCAACACAUCAAUGGAUUCCCACCUUCAUACAUCCGGUAAUCUACUCACCGCCAAUGGCUUGCUCCUGCACUCCUAUCGGCCUCUCACCAACUCCACCUACGGGUCGCUCGGCCAUGACGACCAAAUGCACAACCAUCCGCUCGAGGGCAGGGCGACCAACAUUGAAGUAAUCGGCGGAGGAUACGGGACCCCGUCAGAAGCUAGCGGUGCAGUGUCUGAAUUGAUUGUCGGGGCGCAGACUAUGGCUUCUUCGGGCUUGUCGGAUCCGAGGACGGUGGGGCAAGCAACUCCCCCCUCGGGCAACUUGACUCCGGCGGCCCCAGGUCGAAUCAAUCCGUUCUUAGCCUCCGCCGGAGCCAAGACUCGUUUGAAAUCUUCUUCAACCCGGAAGCAGAACCGCACCCGCGCCGAAAUCGAUGCUGACAAAGCGGUCACUGCAGCCAAAAAGGCCGAGAGGAUCCAAAAGGCAGCUCAGAAGCAGGAGGCUCAAAGACAGAGGCUCGCCGCGAAGGAGGCCCGUGCGGCCUUGAAGGUAUCGGAUGCGGGGACGCCAACCCCUAGGUUUGUGUGGUCCAAGGAGGCCUCGUUAGAACUCUUACGUUAUGUUAAGGAGAUCAAGGAGGAACACGACAACCUGAUCAAGCGGACCCCUGGUUUCAUAGCUUGGACACCCUACUUCCUCAAAUGCGAGGCCGACCGGGGUGACUACCCUCUCCUGAUCGGAAUUGCGAACGAUGUCAUCCUUCGGCGAUAUCAAGCGUUGAUGAACAUGUGGAAGGUUGUUUUUGACAAGCUGUCUCAUUCGGGAAGCGGGGGACUAUAUGAAGUUUUAGACAAGGAACACCUAUCCGAGACGAUUUGGGAUUUCAUCAAUGCAAUGCACGGGGACAACGCGGCGGCUAAUGCACAUGGGCAUGCUGAACUGGACGAUGACCUUGGGGCCCUCUUGUGUGAGGAUGGCCGUGGAGAAGGCCGGGAGGCUCGGACGGGGGCCGAGGCGGAGUUGUCCCAGGAGGCGACGGCCGAGUUAGCGUUGGACAACUCGGAUAAUGAGGAUCUUGAUAAUCCCAAUCAGACGACGAUGGGGGGAGGCCCCGUACCGGAGUUCUCGCUUUUCGAUGGUAUCCCCAGGGCGCCGGCCUGCCCACUGACCUCAACACAACCCGAUCCCACACCAAUUCAGGCGCCACCUGCACCUGAGACUCCCGCCCGGGAGGCCGCGCGGGUCGAGGAUCGUCAGAUGGCCGCUAAGAAGGCUGAAGACAAGGAGGCCGCGCGAAAGGCCGAGCUGACCCAGGCGGCCCAUGACCGCUCCAUGCAGGAGGUUCAACUGGAAAUUGACCGGGAGCUGGCCAAGAAGCGGAACGAAGUGCUAGAUGAGGAGCGACGGGUGCGCGACGAGGAUCGGAGGGAAGAGAAGCGGCUGGCUCAUGAAUGGCGGGCCGAGGAGGCGUGUUGA